UUUUCAGUGUAUAAAGAAUAAUUUUAUUCAAUCUGUGAUAAACCUUCCAAUUUGUGGAUCAAGUUUCUUUAUGUUCGACUUUCAUAAUAAUAUGUUUUAGUAAUGCGAAUUCCUUAUCAAGAUGCAUAUUCAACAUAAGGUCUAACUAAGAAUAAAUUUCUUAUUAAUUUGGAAAUAAUGGAAACGACAGAAAGAAAUAAAGAAUUAUUAUUUUUGCAAGAUCAAGUAACUCGACUGUCAUCUGUUUUGAAGUCAUACCAAACAAAGUAUCCUCCGAUUUCUGAUGUAAAGGAUGAAGUUUGGAUAUACGAUUCCAGUAUGCUAUCUCCUCUUUUAAUGGAAUAUGACCAGCUAAUUAAAAGUUUAAAAGAAGAUAUUGAAUACUAUAAGAUCGAAUUACAUAAACUACAAAAGCAAGCACAAGAUGUGGUUCAGGAAAAUAUGAAAUUACAUGCUGAGCUUCGUUCAAAGGUUGAGUUGCAUGCUGGUAGUUUAGAGGAUAAUUCAUUGAGUUUGCUUCAGUUGGAGAUAAAGUUAAAAACUGCCUUUGAGGAAAAGAAUAUUAUUAGCAAACAACUUGACAAUGCUAACAAAGAACUUAUGAAAAUAAAGGAGGAAAACAGGAUAAAAGGAAAUGAUAUUGCAAACUUACUUUCUGAAAAUGUCAUGUUAAAGGAUGACAUAGCUCAAGCUAGAGCAUUUGCAUCUGAUCUACAAAAUGCAAACCUGCGGUUUAAAGCAGAGCAAGAAAAAGUUUUGAAUACAAUUGAAAUAUAUGAUUCACAGAUUGAAAGCUUAAAAUCACAAAACCGAAAAUUGUUAUGUGAAAACAAAACAUUAAAGGCUUUAAAUAGUGAACUCCAAAUCCAUGCAGAGCAACAAAAAGAGCAUCUUAAACAUAGUGUAAAAUCGCAGCAAUAUAAUUUAUCAGAAAGAUCUGCUGAAGGAACAAUUCGUAAAUUGCAGAAUGAAAUAUUAGGACUGGAAAGUCGUGUGGUUUUGUACUCAAAAGAGUUAGACAAACUGCGUUAUGAAAACAGUGAUUUGGAAGAGAAACUAGCAACUCUACAAAAAAAAAUUAAUAUGCAUGAAGAAAAUGAGCAGGAGGCUGUGAUGAGAGUUCGUGAUAGUGUUCAGUUAGUUGAAAAUGCUCUUAUAGAAAAAGAAAAGGCUGUUGUCAGUGAACAACAGAAAGUGCAAGAAAUAAUUAGACUUCAAGAAGCUUUGAAAAGCUUGAUUAGUCAUGCUGAAGAAGAAAAAAGGAAGGAGGUAUCGCGCAUUAAAGCUCAAAAUGACAAAGAAAUCCGUCAUUUAAUGGAAGAUCUUCAUUACCAAGAGAAUGAGUGUGCUGAGAAGCAAGCAUUGCUUGAAAAGUCAUACAGAGAGAAGCUGGCAUUAGAAAAUGAAAUAGAAAAGAUUUAUCAAGAAGGCCCGAUUGAAAUUACGAAAGCUGGACAGACAUUGGAUGAGCUUCAUGUAAGACUAGCGCGGGCUGAAAUGGCUCGUGACGAUGCUUACUUGCAAAACGAAAAUCUUCAGGCUAAUUUUAAAAGAUUACAAACAAGGUGGGAAAACGAAAAAAAUGUUCUCACAAAAAGUGUCAAUGAUUCCAAUAAGAAGUUAGCAUGUAUGAAAAAUGACCUUGAUGAAAUGGCAAACUCGAGGUUGUUAUUACUGGAAGAGCUAAACACUUUGAAAAAAAAGGUUUUGGUAAAUCGAGAAAACGAUGUUUCUCAGGAGUUGUCAAAUGCAGCAAAGGUAGCAUUGUUGGAGCAAAAAAUCGAGAUGAAAGAAAAAAACUUUCAAUCUCUUCUUCGUGCUUCAGAGGAGUCUGGUAGGGAAGCUGCAAAUGAGUUACGUGAUAUGCUAAGAGUGCAGCAGAAAUCUGCGUCUAAAUGGAGAGAAGAAUCACGUGCUCUAUGUCAAAAGUAUGAAUUACAAGUCGCCCACCUACGACAAGUAAAUGAUGAUCUGACACGCCGUAAUCAAGAUCUUGAGCGCAUGUACAACGAGAGUUUGCAAAAAGCAAGCGAGCUUGAGAAGUCUUUUUAUUUGCAGCAAUUGACAAUAGAUAAAAUGCAACGUUUACACUCUACGUGUGAAGAAAGAAUUGAAACUUCAAACAAUCAAGUUUCAUCGUAUUUAGUUCGCGAAAAACAAUUAGUUGAUUCACAAAAAGCAUUAACUCGUGAAAUAGAAAGACUCAGACUUGAUUCAAUUCAAUCGUGCCGAAAUCAGACACAGCCCAUAGAUUUACAAUGGGAUAACUACAUCAGCGAAAUCAAUAAAGAAAUGACGUGAUUUAUUUAUAUUGCGUGAUUACAUUUAUUUAUUUAUUAUUAUUAUUUUGAAUUAAAAUAAAGUUAUAAAA